AUGAUAAAAAAGAAGAAGCUUUUUAAAAACUCCGUUGUUCACGGAAUUUCUACAUUUCUCAUUCUCUCCUACUACCACUACACGACCGCAUCAUUUGAAAUCUUGAAUCGAAGUUCACUGAACGCCGAAGGUGGUGUGAAAGUUGGGUCUGUGGUCUUUAUCCAAGGUAGUGUUGACUAUUUUGGACCCCAACACCUCCCAUAUGCCAUUCCAGCAUUGCUAGUGUUGAUAUUCCUCUCUCUUCCUCCACCUCUUCUGCUCAUCUCUUACCCACUGCUCUGGAAGGUCAAAGCAAAACUGAGACGUAGUAAUGCGGAAAAUGAAAAUGACACAACUCUGUGGCCAAUUCGUAAACUUCUACCCCUCAUUGACUCAUUCCAGGGUGUGUUCAGAGACAACUGCCGUAUGUUUGCUGGUCUCCUAUUCCUGUGGAGACUGAUUCUGAGUGCCAUCGUUGCAUUGUCGACGGAUUUGACAGAAUUAUUCCUCCUGAUCGAGAUUGCACUUCUCAGCAUUCUGACCAUCCAUGCUCUGGUGAGACCAUACAAACAAAGAUUGUACAAUGUUGUUGAUGGAAUGAUGCUGGCCAACAUGGCACUCAUUAACUUGCUUAAAUGGUAUGUGUCAGUGCCAUCAACCAGUGACAUAAGCAGCCAAGUUGUUGAACUACUUGUCGCGAUACAACUAUUCCUACUGUAUCUUCCUUUGAUUUGUGUGGCUGGAUACACCGUUUUUCGACUUUUGAAAAGAUUUCAUGUCAUCCCCGAUGAGCUAAAGUUUUCCUUGGCUGAAGAAGGAGCAUCAAUUGCCGGCAAUAAUGGUGUCAAUAGAAAGGAGACAUUUAAGGGCAGGAAAACGUGUGCCGAUGAGGAUCUGUUUAGCCGUGCAGCGGAGCUCAAUACUCCACCCAGCAAGAAUGUGACAUGCAGUGAGGCUGGGAUUGAAACCAACAAUACCACCAUAACAAACCUGGGCACUGACUGA